AUGGCAACGCACGAGCAGCCACCGGCUAUGCUCGAAACUCACCUCACCUCACCGCCCAUGACGCCCGGCAUCCGCUCCCAUGCGCGCUUUCCGUCUCAGGCGAGCAACACAUCGCCGCUCUCCAGCCGCAUGAGCGCUCUAAAAUUCACCCACACUCCACCAUUGGAGUUCAUUGAACCGACUGGCCAAGGUCAUCAUUUCAAAUUCACCCGUCCUCAGUCGUUCGAGCCGUCCUCGCGCCUUUCCACCGACUCUGGGCGGGUUUAUGCAACAACCUUGCAAGAUUCCGAUGAUGACGAUGAGGAUAUAAUUGAGAUCGAGAUUGACGACGACGACGAGGACGAAAUUGAGAUUGACGAUGAAUCUGAACAAGACAGCGACCAGGAGGAGGAAACACCCAUGCGUCGCGUAGAAGAGGCCGACUUUAUACUCGAAGAGCUCGAUAGCGACUCAGACUGUGACUGCAACAUAGAGGUCGUGCAGCCAGACUACUUUGAAGAUGCAAAGAGUGAGAAAAGUGGGAAAAAACUAGAAGUCAUCAAUAAGCUGAAAGAAUUGAUUCUGGAGGAAACGUCUUCAGAUGAGGAGGCGAGAGAACGCAUAUAUAGGCAAAAGAAGAAGAGGUGGAGUGCAGGCGUCUUCAAGCGAACCCAUAGUCAGAGCGUCGAAGGCGACAGCAGCUACUCUGACAACGACCCUAUGGACGACGUCGACCCAAAUGCUCGUCGACUUCGCCGCCGUGUACGCGGAACCUUUGAGAGGAGGGGAUCGCUCACCUUCGAAGAUAGAGGUUUUUCAAAUACCAACAAUAUUUUGGAAGUCGAAGAGCCGGAGGAAGGGACUGUUAUGCAUUCGAAAGGCCCGCCGUCUAUCCUCAGUGACGACGCUUUUACCUUGGAUGAGCUUCCCUUCUGGAGGGGGUCGGAGGACUCGAUGGAUGUCGAAUUCGACUCUGACUAG